GCUUCAAAUCAUUAUUUGAUCAUAAUAGUUUUGUUGGUGUUCUGUUGUUAGGAUCGUCUUCGUGAUGACCAAACACUUUGGUGUCUGAACCUUCCGUCCUUCCUCUCACAAAUAAAUGAGACGUGUUGACUACGUACUGUGUUACUCACAGGGUCAAACUUCCCAAGUCCAUCUUCGUGAUCGGGAUUCAUAAUCGAGGUACAAAGCCCCAAAGGCAAUCAAACACCUGCAAAAAAAAGUCACGUUAUCACCGAAUAGCGACACAGCUUUCCGUGAUUUUAGCAGACAAAGCGGAUCUGUUCGAUAUUGGAAGAACCCCUUUCAGCACCAGAGGAGGUGUUGGUGUGACUCAUGCGUGCGUAGUAACGGAUAAAUAGGCGAUUCACGCUUUAAAACAGCAAAUCAAACGUACUUCAGCAAAAAAGGUCAUAGUGAAUGGAAUUUUUGCAGUCUAUUGAUAUUCAGACGUCGUUUUCCUUGGAGUGUUAUAAACGCCCUUAACGUUGCAUGGCUAUAAGGCUGUAAUUUGGUUGUUUUGAGAGAGUUUCUUGGACUCUGCUACCUGUGUACCUGCCUGGACGCAGAAAAAGUUAACCGCAACUUUUCAUCUUGGUGAAUUAAGACAGGUUUCGGAGAAAGUGACAGCACGUACUGGAGCCAGGACUUUUGUAUCUGAGGACUGAUGGCGUCGUCUGCACCUUCUUCCUCUGGCGGCGCUCCGGAUCCCAACUCGACUAAUUUACGACCGCCAUCCACAACGUAUGAUACGUGGUGUGGUGUUGCUCACGGAUGCACAAGAAAACUUGGAAUGAAGAUUUGUGGGUUUUUGCAGAGGAACAACAGUCUGGAGGAUAAGAGCCGUAUUGUGAGCUCACUGAAGGAACGCCAGUCUUCCAAGAAUCUCUUUAGUUGCGAGAACACUGACAAGGACUCGAGGUUUAGACGCGCUGAGACUGACUUUUCGAAUCUCUUCGCAAGAGAUUUGUUACCAGCCAAAAAUGGAGAAGAACCGACCAUGCAGUUUUUGUUGGAGGUGGUUGACAUUCUCUUGAACUAUGUCAGGAAGACCUUCGAGAGAUCCACAAAAGUCCUGGAUUUCCACCAUCCCCACCAGCUGUUAGAGGGAAUGGAGGGCUUCAACCUGGAGCUUUCUGAACAGCCCGAGUCCCUGGAGCAGAUUCUGGUGGACUGCAGAGACACACUGAAAUAUGGCGUAAGAACAGGUCAUCCUAGGUUUUUCAAUCAACUUUCCAGUGGACUGGAUAUAAUUGGGCUAGCUGGAGAAUGGCUUACCUCAACUGCCAACACUAAUAUGUUCACCUAUGAGAUUGCCCCUGUGUUUGUGCUCAUGGAGCAGCUGACCCUGAAGAAAAUGAGGGAAAUGAUUGGCUGGCCGGGUGGAGAAGGAGAUGGGAUAUUUUCACCGGGAGGCGCCAUUUCUAAUAUGUACAGCGUGAUGGCAGCUCGUUAUAAGUAUUUUCCCGAAGUCAAAACCAAAGGAAUGGCUGCAGUUCCCAAAUUAAUCCUCUUUACGUCGGAACAUAGUCAUUACUCAAUAAAGAAAGCUGGUGCUGCUCUUGGCUUUGGAACAGAAAACGUCAUUUUGCUCAAAUGCGAUGAAAGAGGAAGAGUUAUUCCGGCUGAUCUAGAAGCAAAGAUCAUUGAUGCCAAACAAAAGGGGCAUGUUCCCCUGUUCGUGAAUGCCACAGCUGGCACCACAGUGUAUGGAGCGUUUGAUCCUAUCCAUGAGAUUGCGGACAUUUGUGAAAAGUACAACCUGUGGCUGCAUGUAGAUGGUGCCUGGGGAGGAGGACUGUUAAUGUCCAGAAAGCACCGUCAUAAGUUAAGUGGCAUUGAAAGGGCCAACUCAGUGACCUGGAAUCCACACAAGAUGAUGGGGGUGUUGCUCCAGUGUUCUGCCAUCCUGGUCAGAGAAAAGGGUAUUCUCCAGGGCUGUAAUCAGAUGUGUGCUGGGUACCUCUUCCAGCAGGACAAACAAUAUGAUGUCACAUAUGACACGGGUGACAAAGCAAUACAGUGCGGCCGUCAUGUGGACAUCUUUAAAUUCUGGCUGAUGUGGAAAGCAAAGGGAACGGUAGGGUUUGAACAACAGAUUAACAAGUGCUUGGAGCUCUCAGAGUAUCUCUACACAAAAAUAAAGAACCGCGAAGGAUAUGAAAUGGUUUUCGAUGGAGAGCCUCAGCACACAAAUGUUUGCUUCUGGUACAUUCCUCCAAGCCUACGGGUCAUGCCAGACUGCGAGGAGAGACGAGAAAGGUUACACAAGGUGGCACCCAAAAUCAAAGCAAGGAUGAUGGAGUCAGGGACAACCAUGGUGGGUUACCAGCCGCAGGGAGACAAAGUCAAUUUCUUCCGAAUGGUUAUCUCCAAUCCUGCAGCUACAAAGUCGGACAUCGACUUUCUGAUCGAUGAGAUAGAGCGACUGGGGCAGGACUUGUAAGAGGACACAGUCUCUCCAGAAAAGUGUUCUGGCGGAGGCCUUGCUUUUUGUUAACCAGCUUUGACGUGGCCAGCUCUAAAAGGACUUAGAGUGAGGUUUCAUGAUCCUGUCGUAUGUAAAGCAAUUCCGUAGGAUGUGAAACUUGCCUGUAUGUCUUUUUAGGUACGGACGAACUGUAAUCGUAAUAUCCAGAAGUGUUUCUGUCAAUAUGUAUUCACGUUUGUUCCGUAACAGUGACUAUUCUGUAGAAGAAUUAACUGCUGUAUUUAAGAAUUCUUUAAGGUUUAAAACUAUCCGUCCUGUACUUGACUUGAGUAAUCUCCGGCAUGUGUGCAACACCGAGUGAGUGGUAAGAGGCCCUGAGCUGUUAAGUGCUGUGGACAGUGUCUGCUGUGAAUCAUCCCCAGAGGUGAGUUGUAAAUGACUCAUCAAAACUUCCUUAAAUGAGCAACAUUAUUUGUCAUUAACUGUUCUCUAAGAAAUAUGGGUGCUUUUGUUAUAAUUGUAAUUACACAACCAAAUGCACCACAUUAUAUUCUAGCUGUUUGUCCCCUUUGGUGUCAGCGAGGGGGUCACUGUAACACAGUCAUUGUAAGAGGUAAACUAUUGCUGUGUUUUUAGAGAUAAUUAAUUUUGUGUAGAUUGUGUACAUUAUUGUUAAAUGCCUUUGUGGAAAAAAAGAUAAAUGUAAUAGUUUUACAGUAAGAGACGUUUAAAUAAUGAUGAUAUAUAGCUAUAUGCUGAAAUCUUUGCUUAUUUAUAAUAAGAAAUGACCAGUGUUGAAAAGUUGUCUAGUAUUUUCUCCCAUUUGUAAUGUAUCUUUAUUUGUAUUAUAUGACAAUAUAUGAUCAAAAUGAGUUUUAAAUGAUGUUUAAGGUAUUUUAGUGUAUUUGUGAGCCAAAGAAAAUUAUAACUAGUGACAUUUGCAAAUAUAUAUAUUAUUCUUCUGCCCUUAAAAUAUAUAACAAAUAUGUGGAUUAUAUUAGUGUCUACUUAUUAAAUUAUUUUAAGAUAUUGUAACAAGAGAUGUGCUGAAAACACUUUUAACAUUAGUGCAAUCUGUAUUUUGUGUGGCUGUGAUAACCCAUUGUUUAUCACAAAGUAUGAAUGUUAUUUAAUCACCAAACAGUGGAGCUACAACUGAGACUAGACCAGAGAUCUGUUGCAGUUAGGAGGCUACCUGUGCAAAUAAACUUUACUUAGUAAGAAGCACAAACUGAAGGGAAGAAGGAUGACCUUUUCACCCAAAAGUGAAGAUUGUGUAUAUGUCUUUGAAAUUGAUUUUUAAGAAAAAAUGCUUUACUAUUUUAAAUACUUAAAUUUAUUAAAUGUGGAAGAUUCCAACCUGCUCAGACAGGAACUUAUAAUCAUACCAUGUACAAAGCACUACUGUCAUAUUUACAGUAAUAAUAAAAUAUAUUUAAAACUCUUUA